CAAGCACGGAAAUAACUACCUAACAGCUGUUCUACAAUAUUCGUUCGGGCAACUCAGGUAGCAGCUGUAUUCGGACCAAGACGCAGCCGUUUUCCUUGGAAUUGCGAUUGUUUGGGCACAGAAUAGUGGCUUUCUCAUUGUUUAAUGCUUCUUUGUAUGGAACGAAGUAUUUCAAUUUUCAAAGUUUAUUGUGAUAUUGUUUAAUGCGAUAACGGUGUUGCAAGUGCGUGAAUUAUUAAAAGCGUAAGGCAUUGGUGAUGUUUACUAAAAUUCGUUCGUUGUUAUUGUGAGUCUUGAUUAGUUGAAAUGCCUCGCGAAUACGUGGACCGCGAGGAGAGCAGAGUGUUAUGUCAAUAGAAUCUCGACGCGUAGAUAGCAAUAUUAGUUUUAUAUUUGAUAAGCCUAGGACGAAAAGUUUAUAAAAAAUGUCUAGUACGGUACCAACCAGUUCUGCUUUGAGGGCUUUGGCCUUAGAAUAUAAAAGCCUGCAAGAAGAACCUGUCGAAGGUUUCAGAGUGAAAUUAUUGGGAGAGGACAAUCUAUUCGAGUGGGAAGUUGCAAUAUUCGGACCGCCAGAUACAUUAUACCAAGGCGGGUACUUCAAGGCACAUAUGAAAUUCCCUCCAGACUACCCAUAUUCACCACCAUCAAUUAGAUUUUUAACAAAAGUUUGGCAUCCAAAUGUAUAUGAGAACGGCGAUCUGUGUAUAUCUAUCCUGCACCCGCCAGUCGACGAUCCACAAUCGGGGGAGUUGCCCUGUGAGCGUUGGAACCCAACCCAGUCGGUUCGCACCGUACUCCUAUCUGUCAUAUCGCUGUUGAACGAGCCCAACACCUUCAGUCCGGCUAAUGUGGAUGCGAGCGUCAUGUACCGCCGCUGGCGUGACUCGAAGGGCAAGGAUAAGGAAUACGAGAACAUCAUCAGAAAACAAGCUCAAGUGGCGCGCAUGGAAGCGGAAAAGGAAGGAAUAGUAGUGCCGCUUACAUUAGAAGAUUAUUGCAUUAAAACUCAAGUCAAGGCAACAACACACGAACCGCAGCUGGAUAUGACAGACUUCUACGACGACGACUAUGACCUUGACACAGAUUCAGAAGAUGAAAUCGAGGGCGGGGAAGGAGAUGGGGAUGACAGCGGCAACGGGGAAUCGUGAGGGCGUGUCCCGAAUGAUACAGACACGCAAACAGCUACAACUAACAAGGAAAUAAACAAAAUAAGCAAUGACGACAAACAUUCAAUGCGCCAUACACAUGUUCGGCACUUUUUACCGUGCACGCGUGACGUUUGAAACUUUGACAGCUGUCAAACGUCUUCUCGAUGGUCGUCGAUUGUAAACUGUCUGCGUCAUGCAUAUUCGCGUCACAACGAAAGCGAUCUCCUGCAAACGCGUACGGAUAGCCAUGAUUCAUGACAAGAAUAUGAUUCUUAACAC